AUGUACUCUGUAAUCCUCGCAUUCCUCCCCGCCUCGCUCGAUAUCCUAUACCACGCCUACCUCCCAGCCUCUUCCGGUCCAUCCAUCGUGUCUACUGUUGUUGGGUAUGAUCGUCUAGCGGAGGGGAGCUCGAUAGGCGGGGAAUGGGUCAUGGGGGAGAGGGUGACGAUUGAUAUGAGUGGGAGGUGUUGGGCGGGGGAGAAGAGUGUGCAUUGUUGUAGUGGACUGGUAGGGAAGGGAGUGAGCACGAUCAUACCGCUCCUCGCAUCGUACCAGAUCUUCUACGGCCUUCUCGUCUUUUCCCUCGGCCUAGCAGCGACAUUCCAAUUGAUGGCGAGCAGAAAGUCGUUCGAGGUGGAGAGGCUGAAAGAGUUCCGGACGUUUGCAUUGGGGGUGAUGGUGCUGAAAGAUUUCGUCUCGGUCUGCGGCGCUGUUUUCACAGGCUGCGCGCUUAUGAUUGUCCCCCUGAUCGAAGACUCUAUUCCGGCCGACAACAUAGUUGACGUACGAGUCGGGUGGGGGUUCGUCGUCACCGUCUUUAUGGCGAUUCUUUCGUGCUUUUUCACUUUGGCGUUUGAAAACAAGUCGAGGAAGAUGUUGACGGACGAAGAACAGUCGAUCAGGCUUGGAGAUGACGAUGUCGCUUAUGACGAAGACCCGGAGAAACAGCCCCUCUUGGUGGAGGAUGUAGAGUAA